AUGAGCCCAUCAAACACCGCUAUAAUCGGCAUCGCCUUAGCCGCCGUCAUCGUCGUGUUCCCCAUCGUCUUCUUCAUUGGCCACACGAUGACGGGGAGGAGGGAGGAGGAGGCCAUCGAGCGGUACAUGGCCGUCGUCGUCGCCAACGAGGGCACCAUCAGGGCGGCAGAGCCUGCCAACACGAGCAAGAGCAACCAUACGCACGGCGCGGGCUCGGUCCCUGGGCCUCACUACAGCACACGCGGGGGGAGACACGUAAACCCGUGA